AACGAUAGUAAACAAUCUAAAGAUAAUUUUGGCACAACAAAUUUCAUGCGGUACCUAGACAAGAAUAAAACA